AAAAUGUUUAUAAUGUGCGCAACAUCCGGUGUAAACGUCACACUUCCGGUCUCGGCCUCCUUUCAGUGCAACAAUGGCGUCCCGUCUUGAGGAGUCCGCGACGGCCACAGGAGAGGCGCAACAGACGGAUGCCGAGGUCUCUCUGAAGAGGGAAGAGAGACUUCGGAAAUUUCGAGAGUUACAUUUCAAACGAAAUGAAGCACGUAAGAUCAAUCACCAGGAGGUUGUGGAGGAGGACAAAAGGCUGAAGCUCCCUACUAACUGGGAGGCUAAGAAAGCCAGACUGGAGUGGGAGCUCGCUGAAGACGGAAAGAAAAAAGAAUGUGCUGAACGUGGGGAGGACUAUCACCGAGUGAAGCUGCUUGAAAUCACUGCUGAAGAUGCAGAGCGGUGGGAGAGGAAGAAGAAGAAGAAGAACCCAGACACUGGAUUUGCAGGUUAUGCUGAAGCCCAAUUCCGACAGUACCAGAGGCUCACCAGGCAAAUCCGACCCGACAUGGAAAGCUAUGAGAAGCAGAGAGAGGAUUGCGGUGUGGACUUCCACCCCACGUCCAACAGCCUGAUCCACGGCACCCACGUCCCCUCAAAGGACGGCAUUGACCGCAUGGUGGAAGAUGUUGAGAAACAGAUAGAGAAGCGGGCCAAGUACAGCCGACGCAGGGCCUACAACGACGACGCGGACAUCGACUACAUCAACGAGAGGAACGCCAAGUUCAACAAGAAGGCGGAGCGCUUCUAUGGCAAAUACACGGCGGAGAUCAAACAAAACCUGGAGAGAGGCACAGCUGUCUAGAGGGUGUCAGGGAGGCUUCUUCUGCUCUGUACUUUUUGACUUGUUUUCACCAGAAUACAUGUAAGCGGUUGUCUAAGUAUAAGAUGCCGAGGUUGUUGUGGGCUGAAAGAAAAUUCAGUCAUUUCUAAGACGUGUGGUGUCCUUUUGUACAGUACUAUUAGUUAAAAAAGCUGUGGUGGGUUUUUUUUUUUAAUCCUUUUUUUUUCUUUUAAAUAAACUGCUUGCCGUUA